GAAAGAAGCGGAAGAAGAUCGUCUGGCUUUCAUUUCCGAGUGACCUAGUUAGCUUCCAGCAUUAGCAUCAGUUGAUAGUCAGCGUCUGAAACAAUGGAGAUGGCCCCAGACGAUAUUAUAAUGUGCUUAUUCGAUUAGCACAUUUAGACUGGCCAUCACAGAAGAAGCGGUACUCGGCAAAUUACAUUUAUUAGCCGGAAGCGUAUGAAACUGCAGUGCCGUUGUUAGCUUGUUUAUAUGGGAAGGUGCUUGCGGUUAAAGAGAGAGAUGUCAGUGCUAGCUGCGUCGUAAAUGGUCGUGUGUCGUUUAGCUUGUUUAUACUAGCUGACAGUGCUUGCUUUAUUUAUUAACGCUACUCUCAGAAGAAGAGUUUCCCCCUUUUAGCACCCUUGGAUGUUCAGCGUGGGGUGGGGAAGCUUCAUCCAAUUACAGAUGCAACAAUCAACUGGAAUCCGCCACUUCUUCUUUGUGGGUUCUGGUAACUAACAGUCAGGAAGUGAGCCCACAGCCCCAUGUCUGCGGAGGCUUCAGUCGGCAGUCAUGAUGCCGACUCCGUCCAGUCUGCUGUUCCCCAGCCUGCCUGCCACAGCACAGAUGAGCACAGAAAUCCGGGUCUGAUGGGGAGCAAGUACGUCAAGUUAAAUGUUGGCGGCUCGCUGCAUUAUACGACCAUCCAGACGCUAAGCAAAGAAGACAGUCUUCUGCGAAGCAUUUGCACUGGAGCAACAGACGUUACCAUAGACUCUGAAGGUUGGGUGGUUUUGGAGCGGUCUGGCCGACAUUUUGGAUUGGUUUUGAACUUCCUGCGAGACGGCUCGGUUCCACUUCCAGAAGACCACAGAGAACUUGACGAGGUCCUGAAGGAGGCCCAGUACUACAGAGUACAGGGGCUGGUCCAGCACUGCCUCAAUGUCAUGGAGAAACAACAGGAUGUUUUUGAAAGCGUGUGCCGCAUUCCAAUGAUCACAUCAGCCAAAGAAGAGCAGAAGAUGAUUGCUACAUGUAGAAAGCCAGUAGUCAAACUCCAAAACAACAGAGGGAACAACAAAUAUUCUUAUACUAGCAACUCUGAUGACAACCUGCUGAAGAACAUCGAACUGUUUGACAAACUUGUGCUCCGGUUCAACAACCGUGUGCUGUUUGUGAAAGACGUGCUCGGCGAUGAGAUCUGCUGCUGGUCUUUCUACGGCGAAGGCCGCAAGAUCGCCGAAGUGUGCUGCACCUCCAUCGUGUACGCGACAGAGAAGAAGCAGACCAAAGUUGAGUUUCCUGAGGCGCGGAUCUUCGAAGAAACACUCAACAUCCUCAUCUACGAGAACAACCGAUCCGGUCCAGGAGGGUUGCACCUUUUAGAUUCCAGAGGCUCGGGUUCGUCGCUCGGGGCUGGCCAAUCAGAGGAGGAAGGAGCCGUGGGCGGGGACAGGCGAGUGCGGCGGAUCCACGUAAGAAGGCACAUAAUGCACGACGAACGAGGACACGGCCAGCAAACCGUGUACAAGGACUAACUGUGACGACAAAUACAGCAUGGAAGAUGUUCAUUAUGUUGGUUUUUGUUUAUUUUUUUUUUGUAUGUUUGCAAAAUGAAAGCUGUUCCUGUUCACAGCAAUAGUUCAGCCUUUGCUCAUUUCCUCAAAUGUCUUUAAGCACACUCUCAGAGAUCCGGUGGUUGACUGAUUUGCAAGCGAGGAGAGAGUUUGUGAUGUUUACAGAAAAAAAAUGAUAAUUUGCGUACGUUUUUGUUUUUUUUUUAAAGUCAGCUGCGACUGAAACCUCCUGCAUGUUACUGAAUGAGCCUCGAAACCCAUUUGUCUCACAGAACAGGCCACCCGCCGUGUACAUGGGUGUAAAUAGUUUGUCCUGGCAGCUUCGUCUGUGUUUGAUAUGUAGGAAACAUUUAUCCAGGCUGUGAUGCAUCCGGUUUCUCCGUUGGGGGGGACGAUGGUACUGCUGAACCGAGGCCGACUGACAGAAGUCGGCGAAGUUGAGCCGCGACACGUUAACACUGGAAUUAAAAAGAAAAGCCAUCAAAUAGUGAAGUUGUUGAGCAGCUCGGGUUUUCUCUGUUUAAAUUAUUAUAAAUGCUGCUUUGAGCUUUUUCUUCUUCCUUUUUUUUAUUAAUUUAUGAACUUAAUUUAUUGUUUGGUAUUUAACUUUUGUAAAUGAAAUCAAUCUUUGUUACCUGAUGCUUGAGUCCUGAUUCUGCCAUUAUUGAGCGCGCUUCAUUGCGCUCAGCAGAUUUGUUUUUUAUUUGCUCCUCUAGAUUAAUACAACCGUAGCUUUUGGCUUUAGUUCAGUGUUUAAAAAAAAAAAAAAAAAGAGCUGUGACUAUUUUAUUCUGUACGUCUUUCUGAGCCAUGUUCUCUCUCCAUAUAUUUCAUCUUACACGAAAUCGCAGGAUUUAGCUUGAAUGAAUUAGCCACAGUCGGUAAAAACGUCAUGUAGACUUUACGGUGGUUUCAGGAGAGGGUUAAGGUACUGUUUUCGUUCUAAUUUUCACUAGUAGUUAACGAAGCACUCUUUUAAAGAAGGAAAAAAAAAACAUGUUGAAUGCAAAUAUGUAUGUACGACCCUUUACCUUGGAACACCUUGGAAAAUGCACUAAUUCAACUUCCGUCCUGGAAAUGUUCAAAAUAAAUAGCUUAUGAAAUCUA